GCAGAAGAUGGCCCUUGCAGCGGGCCGGGGUCGUUCGUCACCCGGACCGUCGGGGUCCGGGUUUGCUUGCUGUGACGGUAAAACGCAGAGUCCAGUAUGACCCUAGACUCUAAGGUAGAGUCGCUUUGGAAGCGUCGUUGUGUUUCCGGCUCUCAUUCAUCGUCACUUACCGUCUCGCUAGGGUUUGCUGUCUCUCCGAAAGUCUUCAAGUACAAAAAGUUCGCGUUUGCGCCUAACCCGCGGCUGAGAAGCCGAAUGCGACGAGAGCAUUUUCAGCGCAGCAGCAUCCCCGGUAUCUCACGCCUCGACUUCAGCAUAGGCGCUUCGACAGCAUCGACAAAGGCAUCCCCGGGAUUACUUGCAUCACUUCCUGCCCCAUCGCCUCCGCUCUAUCGCCUCCGCUGGCAGCAGCAGAGGCGCAAUGGAGAACCCCCCGCGUCCCCCCUCCGCAUUCCGGCGCCGCCUUGCAUCCCGUUGUAGUCGUGCGCCCGCGCCCCUUGGUUCCGCCAGCCUCUCUCUGCCGCGCCCCUCUCUGCUGCUCCUCGCGCUGCUGCUCCGCCACGCGCCCGUCACCACGGGCAUUCUCCGCCUCACGUCCUCCCUGGCCUGGCAGGACGACUACUCGUUCCUUUCCGCCGACGCCGACUUCGGUCCCGAGAUCCCUUUCAGCGGCAUCCGGGGGAGGUUGUAUCGGACGAUACCAGCCGAUGCAUGCCAGCCGAUUCAGAAUCGCGUGUCAUUCGGCGCCGCCCGGCUCGCGCUGAUUGCGCGCGGGAGCUGUUUCUCUAUAGAGAAGGUGCAUAAUGCGGAGCUCGCGGGGUAUGCUGCGGCGGUGGUGUACAAUAACGAAUCUUAUCCAGAACUCCAUACAAUGAGUGCGGGUCUGCCUCUGACCAUCAAGAUCCCGUCGGCCUUGAUCUCGCUCGAAGACGGGCUCACUAUUCUUUCAGACGUCCACCCCCUCCCGGACCUCCUCGCCACCCUCUAUCCCACCGACCCCGACACCAUCUGGCCUUCCUCCAGGUCCCCACCGCCGCCCCCCUGGUCCCCGCCCUCCAAAAGCUCCUCGACCAUGGUCAUAUGGAUCGUCGUCUCCGUCUUUACACUCAUUAUGGUGCUUGGGUGUGCAUGGCUGAGUUAUAUGCAACAGCGUGCGGAGGCAGCAACGGAGGUGCAGCCGGCCGACGCAGAGGGGAAUCCGGCUGUCUCGCCGACUCGGCUUACGUCAGGAGAAGGUCUUCCGGCUAUUGGGUCGACUCAGCUGACGUCAGGAGGAGGUCCUGCGGCUGUCUUGCCGACUCAGCUGACGUCUUCUACAGAUAAGAUGACCUUAGGGGAGGUCAGGAAGCUGCCCGAGAAGACUUUUACUUGGCUGCCCUGUGCCAAGCGGGCAGGGGCUGAAAAUACGGGCGACAGCAGCAAGGGUGACAGUAGUGAAGGGGAUAAAAAGGAGAAGGUGGCAGUGUUAGGAGGAGAAAACGCAGAGGACUGUGGGCAGAGUGAUUGCAAAGAGCAGGGUAGCAGUAAGGAGAAGUAUCCGUUGGUGCGGCUCCAUACUGAUGAGCACUCAAGUGACAACAGCACGUGGGAAGACAUGGAGUUGGGUCGGCAGGGCAGCGUGCGGAGCCGAGUAUCCUUCUGCAGUAGGAGCGAGCGGGGGCGGCUGGAGGUGCGGGAGGGAGGGGAGGGUGGGGAGGAUGAGGUGAUCAUCAGGAGCGCGUGGGAGACAUGUGCCAUCUGCCUUGAGGACUAUGCGUGUGGGGAACGGCUGAGAGUCCUGCCAUGCAGCCAUGAGUUCCACACUGGGUGUGUGGAUCAGUGGCUCACAACCCGCCAGCCCUUCUGCCCUGUCUGCAAACGCAUUGCACGAGCCUAGAAGAUACCUGCACAAGAAUAAUAGACCCCCUUGUCUCCCACUCCCUCCUACUCUUGGUCAAACAAUUUGGGGCGGGGUUUCGGAUAGCAGACGAAAUCCGUUUGAUGGUCUGAGAAUCACUCAGUUUUUGCCUUUCUAUUUAUUUUUGCUCGGGGAAAUAUAUUUUGUCUGAAUGUUCAUACCAUAAUCGCCCAUACAUAACGCCCUGAGUGCUGUAUAAGAUUCCUCAAAUACGACCCUAUUAGUGUUCACCAAGCAAUCCAGCUGUUCAAGCCUACGGCGUGCAUGACUUCGGAUGUGCGAUUUGUAGGGUCAAAAUGAAAAGAGGGUGGGUCA